AUGGUACCUAAGAACAUGAUCGAAAAACGGGGGAAACAAAUGCUGGCAGUGCACAACAGCGGCUUCUAUGGGCACUACCGAGGACAAUUCAAGAGUGAAAGUGCCCGGGAAUACCGCCUGGCAGCCAAGCCCCCGCCUCCAGCAGUGUUUCUGCAGCGGUGUCAGGGCAUCGGGAGACGAAAAGACCUGGAGCGCCUGUGGCAGCGACACAACUUCCUGCACUGGGCACCCUCUGAGCUGCAGUUGCACCAGCAGCAGCCCCUUGAAUCUUCCUACCAGGCUGAUUUUCGAUCAGGCCCAGGAUUGGACAGCCUCCCCCAGCGCCUCGUCCACUUUGUGGAGGUCCGGCCUGCCUAUGCCAGCACCACCUACCAGCAGAACUUUUGUCAGACAGCCCGGAGCAGCCACAGUAACACCAAGAUAGGGCACAAAGCACAGGUCACCACCUCACUGCCUCACCUCCUGGGGCCCUCAAGGCCCAAGAUGCUACAGCACUACCUUCAUGCUGGGGUCUCUGAAUGUCUAAACUGGUCCAGAUCAUUAAACAAGAAUGGUUGA